CCCAAAGUCACGACUCGUGCAAUUUUUUGUUGGCUCUUUACGAUACCGAAUACACAUAUUCCACCAUGGACCGCAAACGAAAAUAUGAUGGAGAAUCAGCUGCAAGUAAUAAAGUGAACCGUACAAAUGCCCAUCCCGAUGCCGCCACAGGGGCGCAUUUGGUAGCUCAACAUUACAACGAACGUCCCGAUGUCGGUGUGGAGAAACGAAAACAGUCAAAGAUCAUUCGCAUGCGAAGCUUCAACAAUUGGAUCAAAAGUGUACUUAUCAAUCGCCAUGUACGUGCGCGUCAAAACGUACUGGACAUGGGAUGCGGCAAAGGUGGCGACUUGAUCAAAUGGGCCAAAGCCAGAAUUGGACAUUUGGUAGCUGCAGAUAUUGCUGCCGUCUCCUUGGAACAAAUGAAGGAUAGAUACAAGUCGCUGCGAUAUAAAACAUUUGACGCUGAAUUCCAUGCGUUUGAUUGCUAUUCCGAAUUACUUGCUCCUCGGUUACGGCCGCAUCAUAUGUUUGACGUUGUAUCGAUGCAGUUUUGCUUGCAUUACGCUUUUGAAUCCGAACAAAAAGCAAGGACAAUGCUACAGAACGUAUCCCAUAAUCUUCGUUCAGGAGGCUGGUUCAUUGGUACUAUUCCAGAUGCGAACUGGAUUGUCAAACGUGUACGGCAAGAACCUCGUGGAUCGUUUGGAUUCGGCAACUCGAUCUAUCGGAUCGAGUUUGAAAAUGUGAAGGAUACCGAUGAUGAACGCAAAAAGAUUGGCUUCAGCCGGUUCGGUUGCAAAUACAUGUUCCAUCUCACCGAUGCCGUCGAUUGUCCGGAAUACCUUGUGCACUGGCCUACCCUUGAAAAGUUAGCGGCAGAGUAUGGUCUUGUACUGAGUUUUCGACAGAAUUUUCACGAACUGUAUGCCACCGCAUCGAGAGAAGACGAAUUUGCUCGCUUGUUGGAACGCAUUGGCGUGGUUGGCGGGGACGCUCCAGACAUGUCCUCUGAAGAAUGGGAAGCUGCAGGCAUUUAUUUGGCAUUUGCAUUUCGAAAAAAGUGAUGCAUUGAAUAGUACAAAUAUAGAAAAUAAGAAAAUAAGCAAAAAAAAGAAGGGAGGAUUGGAACAAACGGACAUUGGGCGCAUCUCGCGAAGAAAAAAAGAAUUCCCCUUUUAGGCCGAUCGUGCCAAGCCGACGCGGUUAUUGCCAAGAUCGUAAAUACUGUAAAACUUGCGGAGGAACACAUCACCGACUAGUUCAUGGUGAAAAGAUAAUGCGGAUUAGUAUUUGUAAAUUUUUUGAGCGCAAAAUAUAUACAUGUAUUCCUGAUCGAAUCAAUCGAUCAAUACUUACUAAUCCAGAGGGGACCUGCAGGU